UCUGCGAGAGGGAAGUGGAUCGUUGAUGUAUGUAUCAGUGCGAGUGCUAAUCUGCUACAUUAGGGAUGCGCUCUUUAUCAAAAAGUCAGUCAGUUGUUAUUUGGCGUAAACAGACACGGCUGCGACGAUUUCAGCAACGUGAAUGCUCCGGCUUCUAAAUCGUUAUGUAAAGGGAACAAUUUUACGGAGGACAUCCACAAAAUGAAGGCUCAGGUGCGCCAUGGGGUUAUCGUCAUUAUAGUUAUUACCAUGGGUACCAGUCUCAUGGUUGUGUACAACAACAGCUUCACGGACACGUCAGGGACAGCGUAUCCCACGGAUGCUGCUGUUACUGGGCCGCAAAUGGAUAAGCCCAGGAAAGCGCAGCCUAAACCAGGAAGAGCCCUGUCAUUGACCCUACAGGGCUACACUGGAGUCAUCGAUCAAAAGCCUCUGAGGAUGCACUGUAACUGCUGUGCCCUGGUGACCAGCUCUGGCCACCUUACCGGCAGCAACCGUGGGGCCGAAAUCGACAGCACUGAGUGCGUCAUCCGCAUGAAUGACGCCCCGACUGGGGGUAGUUUCCAGCGGGACGUGGGCCAGCGUACCAGCCUGCGCGUCAUCGCCCACUCCAGCAUGCAGAGGGUACUGCGGAGCCGGCAGGAGCUGCUCAACGCCAGCCAGGACUCAGUCUUCCUCUUCUGGGGACCCAGCAGCUGUAUGCGACGCGACGGCAAAGGCCUGGUCUUCAACAACCUGCGUAUGGUCAACCACCUGCUGCCCAAACUGAAGGUCUACGUCAUCUCCCAGCUCAAGAUGCCGCAGUUCGAUGAGCUCUUCAAGAAGGAGACAGGGAGAGACAGGAAGACCUCUAACUCAUGGCUGAGCACUGGCUGGUUCACCAUGGUCAUUGCCCUGGAACUCUGUGAUACGAUCAAUGUCUAUGGCAUGGUGGCUCCUGACUUUUGCAGGGCUCCUUCCCAUCUCUCGGUGCCGUAUCAUUACUACGAGCCUUCGGGGCCUGACGAGUGCGCCAUGUAUCUCUCCCACGAGCGGAACCGGCGUGGAAGCCACCAUCGCUUCAUCACAGAGAAGACAGUGUUCGCCAACUGGGCUCGGAUGUUCGACAUCCACUUCUACCAGCCAGACUGGACCCCGUCCUCUACUCUCAAUGGAAACAGCUCACUCACACCUGCUUCAGAUGGCUCUUGAUACCAGACAUAGACAGAAAGGUCCCCAGGACCUGGGGAAGAUGUGACUGUGUGUUUGGACUCCAACAUGCUGAUUUUCCUCAUCCUCUCCUUGGCUCCCUUAUGGGAGUGUCCCUUAUGGGAGUGUGUGGGAGGAGUGGAAAAGUACAAGGGUCAUUCCACCAAUUCAGUGCCCUUUGAGAAGUGUAAUUUGGUUAAAAAAAAUACAUAUAUGUUGGAUUUAACCUAAUUUUAACAUUCUGACAUAAAGAACACAUGUUCAACUUCAUCUCAGCAGGUUAAAUAAAAAAAAAAAUCUUAAAUCAGCCAUAAAUCCCCUUGUGACAGGGGGAAUGGAAGCUCGCUGUGUGCAACAGAGGGUGGCAAUUGAAUGUAAGCUUCACAAAAAUAUGAUAAAAAUUGUAUCUAUGGGUAACAGGGUUGACAUGUUAUGCUCGACCCGCUCAGAUUUCCACCACAAAACACCAGAACGUGGCAAAAAAGAGUGGAACCAGCUCACCUGCUUUUACACUAGGAUUUGACUAUUAAAUGAGACUUCUGUUCACGUAACGUCUUGACCUUCAAAUGAUGGACAGAUGUAAAUUAAUCACUAAUCACAUGAAAUAAAUAAUCAUCUUCAGAAAUGACUUAGUUAUUUUGUUGCUUUGACAAAGGCUUCACAAUGAUGGUGAUACUUUGAGAAAUGUUGGGAUUAAGUGGGUGAACAUCUUCUUAGAAGUGACACAGGGCUGAAGGAGGGAAAUGUCAAAAUGCUGAAUUUUGGCACUUUAGCAAGUGUCAUAAAAAAUCUGAUUUAUUGAAUUAUCCAUAUGGUCUAUAUUAAAUAUAUUUUAGAUUAAUAUAACAGGCUUUUAAAAAAUAUUGGUGCACAAUUCUUACUUAAAAUAUCAAAGGGACUCAAAAGGCACUCUUUUUGUGGAAUGACCCGCAAGCUGCAGUUGCUGGAGAAGCAGAAGUGGGUAGCUGCUCCUCAAAAUAGUUGGCACAAACUUAGCUCGAACUUGAAAAAACUUGAUGUGUUUGCUCAACUUGUGUUCAUUCUACUAUAAAAUAUUAUUUGGGCAUCUUAACUAAAAAAAGGCUGUGCAACUGGUUACACACACAAACUGUGCUUUUAACACACAUGAUUAAAUUGUGCUUUUUAAUUUA